AUGAUUCCAACUCCAGAUAGAGAUCGUAAUUUGAUCCAUGAACAUGCCUUUUAUGAUGGUGAAGAAGAAAAAAGUAGUUUUUUAAACUUGAAUUAUAAAUUUGAUAAAUUACUUAAACCUUCAGCAACUACUAAAUCUUCCCCAUCUUCCAAUCCUGAUCCUCAUAGUUUGAAUAAAUUAUUACCUCAGCUAUCCAUUUCACAGUUUCUUAUUAUUCUUAUCUUGAUUUCUGUUAUUGUAUAUCAGUUAGGAUAUUAUUUAAAUCAUUAUCUUCGUCACCGUCGUAUUCAUAAAUUACAUCAUUCUCAUUCAAGUCAUAGCCGUAGUAACAGUGGGCAAAAGUUAGAGAAACCGGAAGAUUUAGUAUAG